GUAAUAUUUCCCCAAUAAGCAUUUAUCAGUCGACAGCAGCCGUUUUAAUUAGUUAUUACCCUUUAAAUUUUCACAUUAUUUCUACGAUUUCUGUGUGAUCUCGAACCCAAACAAUUCUGACAUACACUGUCAACAAGAGUGAUUGUUACGUCAAAAACAAAAUGCUGCAAAUUACGAGAACAGCGAUUUUUAGCCGUUUUCGGUGGCGUAGAGUCCGUAAUAGUGCAGAAUGUGUUAAUUUUGUGCCAAAUUAUCGUCGGUAUUCAAGCCACCCAGUUGAAAUAAACGAAAAUGUCAAAGAAACACAAAUUUCAAAACUUCUUAUCGCGAACCGGGGAGAAAUCGCGUGUCGGGUAAUGAAGACGGCGAAAAACAUGGGUAUUAGCACUGUAGCAGUGUACAGUGAAGUAGAUAGAUCACAGAUGCAUGUCCAGAUGGCUGAUGAAGCUUUCUGUAUUGGAGAUGAACAAGGUUACUUAGGAAUGGAUGGUAUAUUGAAUGUAGCGAAAGACUCUGGAGCCGAAGCAAUCCACCCAGGUUAUGGGUUUCUGUCGGAAAACGCAGAGUUUGCUGAGUUAUGUUCAAGCAAUGGAGUCAUAUUUGUUGGCCCGCCCCCUUCUGCUAUCCGAGACAUGGGGAUUAAAAGUACUUCGAAGAGGAUAAUGUCUGCAGCUAAUGUUCCAAUUAUUGAAGGUUACCAUGGUGAUGAGCAGUCGGACUCACGCCUCCUUGAAGAAGCGGAUCGGAUCGGGUUCCCUGUGAUGAUAAAAGCUGUAAGAGGAGGUGGAGGGAAGGGAAUGAGAAUCGCAACAUCCAGGGAUGUCUUCUUGGAGCAAUUAUCGUCCGCAAGGAGCGAAGCGAUCAAGUCGUUCGGCGACGAUGUGAUGUUGGUAGAGAAAUAUGUGGAUCGACCGAGGCAUGUAGAGGUUCAGGUGUUCGGAGACCACCAUGGCAACGCUGUCCACUUAUUCGAGCGCGACUGUAGUGUCCAACGUCGGCAUCAGAAAGUUAUUGAAGAGUCCCCAGCCCCGGGUAUUUCCCUUCGCACCCGUACCAACCUGGGUGAAGCCGCUGUCCGUGCAGCGAGGGCAGUGGGUUACGUCGGGGCAGGGACGGUGGAGUUUGUGAUGGACCCCCAACAAAACUUCUACUUCAUGGAGAUGAACACGAGGUUACAGGUAGAACACCCAGUCACAGAAAUGGUAACAGGGACAGACUUGGUUGAGUGGCAAUUAUUGGUAGCACAAGGACAUCCUUUACCAUCAACCCAGCAAGAAAUAUGCGAUCGAACACGAGGUCAUGCUUUUGAAGCGAGGAUAUAUGCUGAAGACCCUGACGAUGACUUCAUGCCCCGAGCCGGACCCCUAAUCCAUCUAUCGGCCCCAAAAGUCACCCCGAACACCCGCGUCGAGACUGGGGUCCGCCAGGGUGACGUGGUAUCCCAUUACUACGACCCUAUGAUCGCAAAGCUAGUCGUUUGGGGCAAAGACAGGGGUUCUGCGCUGCGAGGGUUAGUUAGGGGUCUGGGUGAAUAUUCUGUGGUUGGAUUAGACACAAACAUCAAGUUUUUACAACGACUUGCUCUUCACCCAAGCUUCAAGGCUGGUGACGUACACACUGGGUUUAUUGAACAACACAACGAAGCAUUGUUUCCAAACAAACCCACGAAAAUAUCACCUCAUGCUGCUUGCCGCGCUGCACUAGGGUAUUUACUUCUAGAAGAAACACCUAACACUCAAGAUCCAUUUGUAGAAUGUUCCAAUUUUCAAGUCAAUAUCCCGAGUCCGAGAACAAUAGAGCUGACAGUGGGUGAUUGUGAUGUCAUAGUGGUCAUUACUCCCCUUAGUGACGGAAAAUACUCAAUGAAUGUGAAUGGUGAUGUCACAAACGAAAACAAUGACAUGAUUGUCUCGGGUUCGCUAACAAAGGACAUUAUGACAUCAUCAAUGAAUUUAAAAACAACCAUUGAUGACAUCACAACCAGCGAGAAAAUGGUGUUUAUCCCUGGAGAGUCUCACGUCAGGUUUUCCGACCCAGAUUCGAUCCAUCUUUACCCGACAAACGGAGAAGAGUCUUUAAAGUUUUCGCUCCCGUUGCCGAAAUACCUCAGCGAGUUUGCGACAUCAGGAGUGUCGGGCGACCCGAUGGCCCCCAUGGUGGGCGAGAUACAGAAGGUGCUGGUGGCACCCGGUGAAGAGGUGGCUCAAGGGCAACCCCUAGUGGUGAUGAUAGCGAUGAAGAUGGAACACACGAUACGCUCGCCACGCGAUGGGGUGGUGGAGUCGGUUCACGUCGCAGCGAAAGAUAACGUCGCGCGUUUCGAUGUGUUGGUUAAACUUGUGCCAGAAGAAGAAGAAUAGAUUUUAUGAUGUUAUUGUGUCACUUGUGAUGUCAUAUUGUUAAUUUAUGAUGUUGUAUUGCUAUUUAAUGAUGUCAUAAUGUUCCUCUAUGACACUAUUGUGAUACAUUAUGAUGUUAGUGUGAUGUUAUGAAGAAAUUGUGUCACUUUAUGAUUUGGAACUUGACAUUUACUGCAUCAAACUUGGUAAACAGUGAUGCAAUUACACACAUUAUGUCUCGUU